AUGUAUUAUAUUGAGUCAUUAAUAGAAGUUGAUAAAUGGACUGGUGGCACAGUGGGAAAAGAGAUGACGUUGAAAAUUUGUAUAUCGUGGCUUGGAGCAAUGUUGGGAUCAUUCUGUGGACAGUAUGCGACUAUAUUGAGGGACGAGUCUGUCGGUGGAGUUGCUGGUGGAUUGAUAGGACAAGCGACGGCCGAGAUUUUGAUUUUCUUCCUUUAA